CUCCCCAAGUUCAGCCUGGUGUCCACUCAGCCUCCCACUGCUUCCCUUCAUCUGACCAGUGUCUCCUCUCAACUCUUAAUACCACUGAACAACCACAGAGAGGACCAGCCUUUCACUUCAGUGCAGAAUGCCUUUCGGGGGAGGAAACAAGUGCGGCUGUUGCCAGAAAACUGUCUACUUCGCUGAGGAAGUGCAGUGUGAGGGGAAGAGCUGGCAUAAAUCCUGUUUUCUGUGCAUGGUCUGUAAGAAGAACUUGGACAGCACAACAGUGGCCGUUCAUGUAGAUGAGAUCUACUGCAAAUCUUGCUAUGGCAAGAAGUACGGGCCGAAAGGCUACGGCUUUGGAGGUGGAGCCGGCACUCUGAGUAUGGACACGGGAGAAGGACUUGGAAUCAAGCCUGAAGUACAAGCUCCUCAUCGCCCUACGAAUAACCCCAACGCUUCAAAGUUUGCCCAGAAAACCGGGGGCUCGGAUGUGUGCCCUCGCUGUGGGAAUACAGUGUACGCAGCGGAGAAGGUUAUCGGAGGAGGCAAUUCCUGGCAUAAAGCCUGCUUUCGCUGCGCCAAGUGUGGCAAAGGACUCGAGUCCACGACCGUGGCUGAUAGAGAUGGGGAGAUCUUCUGUAAAGGUUGCUAUGCAAAGAACUUUGGUCCCAAGGGGUUUGGCUUUGGUCAGGGUGCAGGAGCUCUGGCUCAUUCCCAGUAAAGCCUGAAGCCUCGGCCCACCUGGGACUGACAUCUGAGCUCUGAUAUCAUCGCUUCCAGGAUCCGUCAGUCAAUAUCUAGCCUAUUUUACUCUGCCCUUUCACUCUAGCUAAAAGGCAUGGACGAAUGAAAGAAGCACACAACACACAGCUUUUUGAAUGAGUUCACCAAGUAGAUUUUGCUCUGUGUGAUGCAUUUGAAUCUAGAUUAUGAUGUUCUAGUUUUUGACUGGUUAAACAACUAAAUGUCAUGCUAAACAUUUAUAACACUGAAUUAUAACUCAGUGUUUUGAUGUGCACAUUGUGUGUGUUUAAAGUGACGAGUUAACAGCAAGCUGGCUCCAAAAUAAAUAAUAUUUAAUAAUUAAAACUCUGUGGUUGCAGUACUGAGACCCUCGCACUAUAGUAACAUGAUUGAGUUUGGCAAAAAUUGAGCAUGUGAAUCAGUCGAACAAAAUAAGACCAACAUGUUCCCAACUGACAGCUGUGAAAAAAAGGCUCACAUUAUGCUUCAGUUACACUUAAGAGAAAAUCUUCUUUCCUGCCUUACAUGUCACAUGGUGUAAAUACUGUUUUAAGAUACACGCUAUUGCUGAGACACAAAAUAAAUAUCAGGCAAAAAAAGGAUGGAUUUUUUUAUUAUUCCCGCGUGAUGCAAAGUUUUGCAUGCCUUACACAACUGUCAUUGUUCUUUGUGUGGUUCUGAUCUGAUGAAAUCAGUGUGCAUGUUUACAUGGUCUUGGGUGUGCUUGUUAUUCCUUCUAAUCAUCGUCACACAGAGCCAAAUGCCAGCUGUUGCGGCAAAACAACAGAGUCGUAGUGCUCAGCCCUGUCUCUGCCAUCGCCGAAGAGUUGGCACACUGAGCACAGUGCUAGGCAUCUAUGGUGGGGUGGGGGCAGCAGUUUGUUUUGGCACUGAGUACAACAUGUGAGUCACAUCAACAGCAAAACUGGGUCUGAAAUCCACGCAAAGAUUAAAGUAUAACGCUGUGAUCUGUUCCAGAGCAUUCAUGUAUUUAGAUUCAUAAUAAAAUAGAGACCAUCUUGAGAUGGGAUCAAAUUAAAAUUAAUGUGGGUGACAAGCAUAAAGUGGGGGGGCACUGGCCCAUUCACUGCUUCCUACUCCCCUAAUUCUGGUGCCCAUGUUCGGACCACACCCUCAUCUUCGAACUUGGCCUUCAUUUUUAUUACUACACACCUGUAAAGUUUUGUGACUGCAUCCAGGGUGCACACUACAGGGGAGCCAGAGGCAAAAAAAGUUAAAGAACUGAGUCAACAGUACAUUAAAGUGCAGUAGUAUGUA